UUCCGCCAAAAUAGUUCACGUGCUACAAAACAAUAAUAAUGGUGUUAAUAUCUGAUUCUUUAGGCUUGUACGUUUCCUCCAAUUGUGUGUUGGCUGGUUACGGAAACCAAGCAGUGCUCUACACCUCCAAUAAGAAGAUCAAGUUACCCACUGGACUGCGCAAAGGAAAAGUACAUGGAUUUGAUGUAAGUCCCGUAGAUCCCUUACAAGAUUUAGUGUUGAUAUUUAGCGAGAAUGAAUACUCGUUAAUACUGCAUAAUCGGGGCAAUGACAAACAUCGGUUCCAACUAGUUUAUGAGGGCGAAACCAAAGACUGGAUUAAUGCUGCCAAAUUUCUAGGCGACCAUGCAAAAGAUAAGAAAACAUUUGUGCUGCACAUGGCACAUAGUGCAGUUCUAUACUUAGAAUUUGAUCUGAAUUCGAAUGCAGACUGUCGCACAUUGCAAUUAGCCCGAUGUUCCGAGAGUUCCAUUCUAUACUGCACUCGUUUACACGGCGAGUGCUUUGAGGAUCUUGCCAUAAUCAGUGGAAAUGCAUUCGGUGAACUGUUGUUAUGGCAGACCCAGAAUGCAAUCGAUGCAAAGGCGGAAACCUCUGUCAAGACAUAUCCAUUACUGCUUCGCCUGCAAGCCCAUAAUGGUGUAAUUUUUUCCAUUGAUUUCAAUAUGGCCUCCCAACUUUUGGUAACAACUUCUGAUGAUCGAUCGGUUAAGUUUUGGCAAAUCACCAGACUGGGAAGCUGGCAGGGGGCCACGAUUAGGCCAAUGUAUAGUUGCUUCGGGCAUAGCUCAAGGGUUAUGUGUGCUGUCAUCUUUGAAGUUGGUGGCCAAGCAUAUGUAGCUAGUGGGGGAGAGGAUUCCUAUGUAUGCGUCUGGAGUCUCAGCGGCGACAUGCUAAUGAAGCGUCGCCAACAUUUUGGCUCGCCCAUAUGGCGCCUAGGUUUCAGGGCAGAGGAUAAAACCCUUUAUAGUACCAGCUCAUCUGGUAAUUUGGCAGCAGAAAGUCUAGAGGAUCUCUUUGACAAAAACACACCCGCCGCCAAUAUGCUGAGUGACAUAUACGGUGCUUCUACAGAUGAGUUUAUCAGAAAUGUUAAAUUUGUCAGUGAUCAGUUAAUCGUAGGACUGAGCAGCUCGAACCAGCUGUAUUAUAUGAAAGUAGCGCAGGAUAAUUGGCAUUUAGUGGACUCUGACUUUCCAACGUACAAGCGGACGGUUUUGGAAGUGUCUGGCGACAUUAUAGCCACAUGCGGACAUCGUCGAAUAACAAUAUACCGCCACAACGCUGAGCAUAAUGUAUUUGACAAGGUUUUCGACGGCGAGACAGGAUUGACGGGAACGAUUCGCUCAUUUCACUUCCUAAGCAAGGACCUCUAUCUUGUAUCGGACGACCUGGGCAAAUGCCAGUCACUGAAAGCACACGAUCUCAGCCUGGAUUCCCCUAUUGAGCUUGGAAAUUAUCGCGAGGCCUGGAUAACAGCUGCGCUGCUUAUAUCUGAAAAGUAUCUCCUGCUGGGCGAUCGCAGAGGUCACGUUAUUCUCUACUUACGCUGCAACAACACCUUCUCACGAAAGGCAGCUUUGAAACAUUUGCACGGCAAAAUGGGCACAAACUUUUUCAAGUUGCUCAGGACAGACGAUGACGUUGCUUAUGUGCUGAGUGGUGGUCAUGAACCCCUUCUGAAAUAUCUGCAUUUGGGGCUAACUGAAUGUACUUUGACAAUCGGGCAGCGCGAGAGUGUUCCCCUGUCUUGGGUGGAAGCCUGUCCCCGCGAAGACGUUAUACUCGGCUUCAACGACAAUCAUAUUGUGGCCUGGUCCCGCCGAUACGAUGUGCUAGCGCAGCUGGCCUGCGGCGGAGGUCAUCGAUGCUGGGACUAUCGACUGACUGAUGACGAUGUACUUGCCAUAUUGUUCGUGAAGAGAAAACGUGUGUUCCUCUAUCUUCAUCCCCUGUACAAUAGGAUAGCAAAAGAUAUGGCCAAACUAGAGCUUAUUAGCUGGCACUCCCGAAACUGCAACUCCUCUCGCCUGCUCUCCCACGAGGGUGACGGAAACGGGGCGCAACCUUUAAUUGUGUCAGCUGGCGAUGACAAUGUCAUAAAGCUAACGAAGGUAGUGGAUGACACUUUACUCCACUGUGCCGAAGUGCACUCUCAUGUCUCGACUGUUCGCUGCCUCCAGGCUCAUAAGCUCUCCUCCUCCCGAAAUUCUACAACGUGGCUUAUUUUCUCUGUCGGAGGACGAUCACGACUGUGCAUUAACCAAUUGACUGUGAGUUUAAAAGAUAAUGAGUGCCAGGUAACCGAGCUGUGCACGCAUAUCCUGCAAAAGUCAAGCACUGUAGAGGCAAGACUAAUGGCAAUCGAUAUAGUCCUGGAAGAGGCGGCUAAGUUUUCCCUAUACGUGGCUGUGGCGGAUGGUGAGAUACGCCACUAUCACUGGCACUUGAACAAACCUUCCGAACUCCAUUUGCAGGCUGCGGUGGAUAUCGAGAGAUGUCCCCUCACCUUGCAGUGGAUCAAGAGCAAGGGAAUUGUCCUAAUUACAACAACAAGCGGAGAAAUGUACGGAUUAGAACGAACCCUGACCACAAAGUGUCUGCAACUCCGACUGCACAUGACGGGCAUUAAUACGAUAGACACCUGCAUGGAUGAUAGGCAGCCACAGCGCUUGCACAUUUUAUCCGGCGGGGACGAUGAGAAUAUCAAGUAUACUGUUCUCGACUUGGAUAGCAUGACAGUGGAAUAUAAGACGGAGUUUUUGGGGCUUCACAAUGCCCAGGUAAAUGCCCUAUCCAUACAUUCUUCUGUAGGCUCCAAUCAGAAGGGGGAAACGGAAUCAGAAAUGUUUGCCUUCACCUGCGGCAUAGAUAAGCAGAUCUUUAGGAUUGAUUUGAGAAGACAUAAGUAUAAGUGUGUCGGACACACCAGCAUAGCUGACAUUAAGGGCAUGCUGAUCGAUGAAAAUCUGCGGCGUAUGUAUUUCUACGGCAGCGGUUUUGAAAUUGUGGAAAUAUAAAUACCCCACUGGGCAUAAGGCUUCGCAGAGUAAAUACAGAUUCCUUCCGUAAAACUUCUUGUAAGGAAAAGCCCUGAUUAUCUAAACUAAAAGCUAUUCGCCGAUGCAAGUGGUGAAGUAGACUGUUCUGUGAUUUAAAUAAUAAAUAAGUAAAGAGAAAAACCAA